AAAUGAAAACGUGCCGCGAAUCCACGUGACGUCAAAAUCAGUGGCCGGAUAUUGCAGCUAACGCCGUCCUGUGUUGAUACGCGAUGGCCGGACUCUUGAAAAAGACAACCGGCCUAGUUGGUUUGGCAGUCUCCCACAAUCCACAUGAGCGACUGAGGAUUCUGUACUCCAAAAUCCUGACAUCCUUGCAGGCCAUUCCGCCAGACGCCGCAUACAGGAAGUAUACGGAACAGUUGGUCAACGAGCGGUUUAACCAUGUCAAAACUGAAACUGAUGUGGAGAAGUUGGAGAAGAAGAUCAAUGGUGGACAGAUUGAAGAAGUGAUAUUCCAGGCGGAGUGCGAGUUGGCUUUGUCAAGAAAGAUGGCCGAGUGGAAAUCAUGGGAGCCACUGAUUGAAGAGCCACCUCCCAACCAAUGGAAAUGGCCCAUCUGAAAACACUUAUUUGAAAAAACAAAAACAAAUCGCUAAUAAAUACGCAAAACUA